AUGCAUCGUCUGUUGAUAUUGGCUUUCUGUUUUCUCAUACAAAAUGUGUAUAGUGAUCCAAAUUAUAGACUAAACACACCGUUAAGGCCAUCGGAGUACUCCAUCACCAUAACACCAUACUUUGAUACAAAUGACGAUAAAUCCUUCACUUUCAAUGGUGAUGUUGCGAUCGUAUUUACAACUAACGAAGUGACGAAGCAAAUAAAAUUACAUUCUGAAAAUUUAACGUUUGUUCCUGAUAAUAUUACUGUCACCGUGUACAGUACGUCAAACCAAAUUGCAUUGAACGAUUCGAAUCCUCUCCAGUUUGACACAUUUUACACUUUCGCAUAUAUAAAUUUACAAACCGAAUUAGAAGUUGGAGUUAGAUAUGAGUUGCGUAUUGUUUAUACUGGUCCAAUAAGAGAUGAUUUGAACGGGUUUUACAGAAAUUAUUAUAUGGAAAACGGAGUAAAAAAAUGGCUCGGUGCAACACAAAUGGAACCCACACACGCAAGGAAGGUGUUCCCCUGUUUCGAUGAACCUGAUUACAAAGCCACCUUCGCUUUGGCAAUCGACCGACCAGAAACUUAUAAUCCCUCCUUGGCUAAUACGAAAAUGCAAACUAAUGUGAGCCUAGGAAAUGGAUACAUUAGAGAAAUAUUCUAUCCCACACCUCAAAUGUCCACUUAUUUGGUUGCCUUCCUAGUCUCCGAAUUCGUACCUGCAAAGUACAGUGUCAAUGAUUCCAAGGAGCUCGGUAUCUUUACAAGACCUCAAGCAGCCAACCAGAGCGAUUAUACUUUUGAUUUUGCUUUGAGAGUCGUUGAUAAACUGGGUGAAUACUUUGGUGUUAGUUAUUAUUCUACUAAUCUAAACUUAAAGUUGGAUCACGUAGCUCUGAUCAAUUUCAGAGCUGGUGCUAUGGAAAACUGGGGUUUGGUAACGUACAGAGAGUCGCUACUGCUCUACGUUCCUGAAGAAUCAGAACCUUAUUAUAAGUAUAGGGUAGCCCAAAUAAUAGCUCAUGAAACAACCCACAUGUGGUUUGGAAAUCUUGUCACAUGUCACUGGUGGAGCAACACUUGGUUGAAUGAAGGUUUCGCAAAUUAUUUCCAAGACUAUAUUACCGCCUUAAUAGAACCAGAAUUAGCUUCGGAAAAUAUUCUUGUUACCGGUUCAGUGUACUCGGCGUACGAUGCUGACGAUUCACCUUCGUCACCUGCAAUUACAAACAACGAUGUUAAUUCACCAGCUGAAAUCAGCGGCCAUUUUGGAACUGUCACUUAUCAAAAAGCUGGAUCUGUUAUCAGAAUGAUGCACCAUCUUAUAGGAAAUGACGCUUUUAAGGCUGGACUGAACGCUUAUUUAACCACCAAUGAAUUCCAAUCUGGCUACCCGGAUUUACUGUAUGCAGGACUACAAACAGGUGUUAAUGUUUAUAAUGGGUUAUCAGCAUAUCCAGGUGCCACGGUAGCUAACAUUAUGGGAUCAUGGAUAACGCAAGCUGGUCAUCCCGUGUUAGAUGUCAAUGUAGAUUAUGGGAACAACGUCGUUAGUUUAAGUCAGCGACGUUUUUAUAUCAAUGGAUCGCAUUCCUCAGACGAGAUUUAUAAAAUUCCAAUAACAUACACUACAGGGAUUUCUCCCGAUUUCACUAAUACUAAACCUUUAUUUAUUAUGGAGGCACGAACCGCUACCUUGAACGUGUCGAAUAUAGGUCAGAAUAACAGUUGGAUUAUUUUCAAUGUGCAAGAAACAGGUUUUUAUAGAGUUAAAUACGAUGCCCAUGCUUAUCAAAUCAUCGCGAAUGCAUUGAAGGGAAAUGGACGUACAGAUAUCCAUCAUUUAAAUCGCGCAAAGAUUGUUAAUGACUUGUUUGCGUUCUUCUACGCCGAUGAAUUAAAUUUCAACACACUUUACGAGGUUUUGGAUUUCUUGAAAGCAGAAACUGACUAUUCUGUGUGGUAUGCUGCACUUAGAGGAUUGAAAAAACUGAGAAAUAUGUACCUAGGCACAGAUGCUUUGCCUAGUAUUGAGGUAUACGCUUUGAGCUUGUUGGAGAACAUUAUAAAUCAUUUGGGUUACGAUGAGAAAAGUACUGAUGAUUUUGAAACAUUACGUAAUCGUUUGCAAGUCCUUGAAUUUGCUUGCAAACUUGGGCAUGCGGGUUGCAUUGAACAUGGAAAUGGUUUAUUUAGGAACUUUGUCGACAAUGGUGUCCCGAUUUCCCCGAGCUUGCGAUAUUAUGCGUACUGCUCUGGUCUACGUCAUGGUAGAGAAGAAGACUAUGAAUUUAUGUGGAGACGGAUGUCUACAACUAAUGUGGCUAACGAGGGCCGUCUUAUCGGAGAAAUACUUGGAUGUACCACACAUGAAGGCAGCUUAAGGAAAUAUUUGAUUUCUAUGCUCGAAGAAAACAGUCCAAUAAUGAGCCAAGAUCUGACGGUGCCACUGAGCGCUGUGCUCGGGAACUACAGUCAUGUUUCAGUUGUUGUUGAAGAUCUGAAGGCAAACCUAUCUCUGUGGAAGUCAAUAUAUCCAUCCAUGGACACCGUUUACACGACUAUAGCGUCCGUAUUAAAGACUGAGUCGGAAAUUAAUGAAGUAAGAUUGUUUAACUUAUUUUAUUUACUUUUAUUGUAUAACUAA